AUGCCGAAUUACAAGAACGACAAGAGGCGCGUGAUCAACGCCGGACCGCCCAUCAUACCUACCAAUGGCCCCAGCUAUCCAGCUGGCAUCGAGGUAGCCGAGCUUGCUAUGGCUGACAACGAGAUCGCCUUUUCGCUCCUAGUGCUCUUCUGCUCCAACAUGCGACUUGAUCUUAUGAGCCAGAUUCAACGCCUUCACAUUCCUGUACGGAGUCUCCGAUCGCAAGACGCCUUCGAGAACGCAAUCAACGACAAUGCACGAUGGGGUCAGCUCCGGCAAUACGAAUUUCCUUACGACAAGAAGACCCGUCGACCGAUCGACAAAAAGCACCUGCGAUACUUCCUCCAUGCCCACGAGCCGAACAAGAUGCGCUGCCUGCGGGUCCUCAAGCUGGAGGACUUUCUGACAGGUGGAAGCCACGAGAUCAAGGAGAAGAAGCCGGAGGGUCUUUUCUAUGUGCAUGUAUACCUCGCCGACGGCGUCGAUAUCAAAGCUGCUAACUCUGGGCAAUACUUCGGCGAACCUGAGCUGCUUCUCCCUCAGGAAGUGGAUGCUGGAGCACCUCACGACGACGAUGUUGUCCGAAUUGUCACCAACCAGCCUGCUGCAACCAACAGUAACGCUACCUCUUCGUGCCCAACCGCAGCGGCCGCUGCUACGCUCGUCGAGCAUCAAGAGGAGGUCAGCACAUCCUCGCGGGGACUCAUACAGCAAGAUUCUUCCAUCACUGCGCCGAACGAGGUCGUUCCAAUCCUGGAGCGAGCCGCCAAGUCACCAACCCCUGCAUCGCUCGUCCCAGACAUAGGUCGUCCUUCUUCUCCAUCACAACCAGCUCUGCCUGCUACCACUCCCGCUCCCGACGAUCAAGAAGAGCUACUCAAUGACCAAGAUACCGUCAUGGCUGACGCAGAGGAUGAGACCAAGGAAGAGACGGCCCAAGAGAACACUCUUCCAGGGAACCGGCCACUGUUCAUCAGGAUUGGGACUCUUCGACUGGACGAGCACAGAGAUGAAGUCCCCACAGCACGGGAGUACAAGGAACGUGGCGAUAUUCCCAUGAAGAUCGUAGUCAUCCCUGAAACCACGAACUAUCCGACGUCAAUCGAAUACUACGAGGCCAGCAGUUGGAGAAUCAACGGAACUGCCAUUGCGGACUAUGACAACCGCAAACUCAUCCCUGAGCAGACGCUGAGAACGCGAGGUUUUCAACCUGACCCUCUUGUCAAGGCCGAUUACAAGAAGAACAAGCUGGAGGAGGCUGUAAGGCGUGUCGUCAAAGCCAAGGAAGAGGGCAGGUCGUCCUCAGGCGAGAAGGCCGCCCCCUUUCGGACGGUAGCGCAGGAUGUGCACUUCACUUCGACUGCGAAUCCCAUGGGAGGCUACGACAGCAUGGAAGAGGGCGCGAACGGAGACCAAGACGUGAUUCCCAUCGUCAUGGCAAUCAUCAAGAAGCAGGGCCAAGGACCGCAGACGUGGAGCAACCACGUCCUCGCCGCCCUCGACUUCCAAGACGACCUCAACGCGGUCCACGACUGGGCGACAGCAGCCGUGGAGGUUGAUGGAGGCAUCACCUUGAAGGCCGCCUUGGAAGCCGCUCAAGGCGCUGCCGGGUCGACCGAGCUCUGGGUCCUCCCUCAGAUCUUCAACCCUGACGAGAUGAGCGAGAGAGCCACCUACCAGUGGACGGCCGAGGCGGGCCUUGUUGCGCAGGACUGGCUCGAUGCGGAGGUUUGGAAGAAGAACGGCCGCGGCCUCUACCUGGAACUUCACAUCCUCGAUCGCUCUGCGAACGACUCUCCAUGA